GGACUUCGAGAAGGCUCUAGGGGUAACUCAUGGUCCCAGCCUUGAGAAGCUAGGGUUAGGGGUAGAUCCCUUCCGUGGCGAGGAACAGGACCAUGCCUGGACGGAGUGAUGGAGGACGCACCUGGUCAUACUCCCUAUCUCUCAUUGGUCUCUCUCCCCAGUGCACAGCAAGAGAGGGUUCCCCAGGCCACCGGAGCAGAAUGGAACAUUACCGGAGGGCUGGCUCUGUCGAGCUGCCGGCCCCGAUCUCCCCGAUACCCCAGCUACCUCCCGACACCCUGGAAAUGAGAGUCCGAGAUGGAAGCAAAAUCCGAAAUCUGCUCGCGGCGCUGGGUCGGCUGGAGGGGGGAAGCACAAGGCACGUGGUGUUCUCAGGCUCCGGCCGGGCUGCGGGAAAGGCCGUCAGCUGUGCGGAGAUUGUUAAAAACCGGCGGGUUCCCGGCCUGCACCAACUCACAAAGCUUCGCUUCCUGCAGACUGAGGACAGCUGGGUCCCAACCUCACCAGACACGGGCCUAGACCCGCUUACAGUUCGACGUCAUGUGCCGGCAGUGUGGGUAAUGCUCAGUCGGGACCCCUUGGACCCCAGUGAAUGUGGCUACCAACCUCCGGCGAGCAACCCCCCGGCCUGGGCUCCAUACCCUAGUUCCAGCUGUGGUCCCAGACCCCGAAGAAGGGCUCGGGACACCCGGUCCUGAAGACCGGCCUGGACCUGACUGGACUCUAGACCUGAAUAUCUGUGCCUUCUCUCGGAAGCACUUGUGUGGACAUGCCAGCAAGGCUUGCGACCACUGAAGUCCUGCCUCCCUUCCCCUGGAAUGUGGGGUGGCACUGCGGUGAAGGGCGGGUGGUGGGGUCAGCGCGGAGUUAAAGGACUUGCCCUGAGGAGGGCUUCUUCUGUCUCAUCUGCAGUAUGUCUGACUUGCCUGUUUGGACAUCAGUCUAGGCAAGGGAAAUAAAGAUUGUGCUCAUG